AUGAACCCCCGAGACCCGUUCCGCUUCCAGCUGCCAGGCUUCAAUUCUGUCCAUUCUGCUCCGGUGGGUGAUUCCGUCCUAUUGCGGGGUUCCAACGUCACGACGGAAGACUCCUACAUAACGCCCCCUCGCCAACUUCCCAUCCUCGCCCUCCACACCUUCACUCAGUACCUCCUUAAAUCCUACGCCGUCCUUUACCCACCCACGUCCACCAUGUCUCCUACCGCGCAGGCUGAAUUCACCUUCCUGCCUCUCGGCGCCAUCAUCCAGGAGUUCCGCGUCGGCGGCCACAACAUCGUUCGCGGCUUCGCUACAACCGACCACUAUCUCCAGCCCUACAACCCCUAUUACGGCGCUACUAUCGGUCGCGUUGCGAAUCGCAUCAAGGAUGGUAUUAUUCAGAACCUGAAUGGCCGCGAGUACAAGCUUGCGCAGAACAACGGUCCGAAUGCUCUGCACGGUGGUAAGGAAGGCUGGAACAGACGCGAGUUCGACGGCCCGCAUACCGUACAGCGCCACGGUCGUGAUGCCCUCCUGUUCAAGUACCGCGACCAGGACGGUGAAGAGGGAUAUCCUGGUACCAUCGAGGUCCGUCUCUGGUACACUGCCAGCAAGGAAGGCGAUGGCGACGAAGCCAAGACCGUCUUGAUGGCUGAGUAUGAGGUUGAAUUUGUCGGUGAUGAGUGUGAGGAGACCGUUGUCAACAUCACAAACCACAGCUAUUUCAACAUCAGCGGUGGGCCCACCAACGCCGGCACCGUCGCCCAACUGGCUACAGACGACUACCUGCCCAUUGACAGAAAUGGAAUUCCUACCGGUGGCCUUGGCAAGUUUGAGCGCGAUGUGACUCAGCCAUUUAUUCUCGAACCAACAGAGGGGCACAUCGACGACGUCUUCGUCGUCGAGACUGAUCCCUCCAAGAUCCCACUUGAUACUCGUCCCCUGCCCCUCCGCCGUCUCGCACAGUUCAGCCACCCAGACACUGGUUUGCACCUUGAAGUGCACAGCACUGAGCCUGCCUUCCAGUUCUACACGGGCAAGUAUACUAAUGUGCCUUCUAUUGACGGUGCGCCUGCGCAGGGUGAGGGUUCGUCGUUCUGUGUUGAGCCGAGUCGGUAUGUCAAUGCUAUUAACGUGCCCGAGUGGAGGAAUAUGGUUGUCCUGAAGCGGGGUCAAGUCUUUGGUUGCACAAAUGUCUAUAAGUCAUGGAAGUCCCAGCCAGGUCUAGAUUCAUGA